AUGAGCGGGGUGAAUAGACGUGGUAGCAAAGAGGAGGGAGGGAAAAAUGGCGGCGCUGCAUUUAACACAUCAGGGGAGAGUAGCAGUAUGUAUCAAACUAGUUCAAAGGAAGGGAAUAAUAAGUUCCUGUAUAAUAAUGGAAAUUAUGGAGGGUAUGGAACUCCAGGAAGUGGGCUAAGUACUCUGCAGAAUUUUAGCACACUGAAUAGCCCCCCAAAUGUUUAUCAAAAUAGUUAUCAAAAUACAUAUCCCGGUGGUGGUUACCAAAAUAUGACUUACCAAAUGGGUGGGUACCAAGGCGGUGGGAACCCAAGUGGAAGUUACGGAAACUACGAAAGUGGUAAUUACCUUUACAGUAAGAAUAAGAAUUAUUACUCCAAUUUUAACAACUACGGGGAUAACAGCAGUUACAAUAAUGCAAAGGAUUGUAGCAACAUAGGGGUCGGUGUAGGGAAAAGAACCAACAAUAUAAGUAGCGCAAAGGAAGUGCAUGAAGAGGAGGCGAAGAAAAAUGAGGAUAAUAAUGAUCCAGUAUGUAAUAACGUAAAUAAGGAUGAUAAGUAUGUAGAGAUGUACAUUAACAAGGUGAAAGAGAUAUACUACUUUCACGUGUUUUAUCAUUAUCUAAAGUUAGGGUAUCCAGAAAAGGAAGCGUCGAUGGAAUCGAAGAAAUAUAUUUUCAUAACGUUGAGUAGAUAUUUUCUGUUAGUUAAAAAUGCCAUUUUGUCAUCAGCAGAAUCUAUAAAACAAAUAAAUAAUUGUGUGUGCUCAAACCUUUCCUACUAUCAGCAACAGACAAAUCUGCAAGAAUUUUUACUCAAUCAGCAGGUAAAUUUGCAAGGGAUGAAUUUAGGAUCUUUAAAUAUUGGGAAUAUAAAUUUGCCUUUGAGUGACCACGAAAAAUUGGAGGAUUUGUCUAAGGUAAAUUCUGGUGAAGUUGGUAGUGCAGAACAACACCCUAUGGGAGGUGCAGCAAAAGGGAGUAGCUCGACUGACAUACAGGGUGGAGGUAAUCCAAGCAAUGUGUACAAUUUUAAGGCGGAAAAAAUUAACAAUAUGAUUGACUCGAUAGAAGAAAUGAAAAAAUUAAACAAAAAUAAAAAAAUGAAUAUUUACAAUUAUGAUGAACAGACCAGUGGAACAUGUGGAGAAAACGAUAAUGGCAUAAUGAACUCGAAUAACAAUGGAAAGGAAUAUUCCUUUAAUAAUAAUGAAGAAGCGAAGAAGAAAAUAAGCUUUACUUUAAACAAAUCGAAAAAUAAAUUAUUUCAAAUGUAUAACAGGGUAGGGAAUGACCCAAGCAGGAGGAUUGCCACCAAUGAUGAGGUCGAUCAGGCUAGUAGACAUUUGGGUGAUGAAGGUAGGAACAAUAAGCGGAAUAUGCAGUCUAGUAUAUAUCCUGCCAAUGCAGUUACAAUGCAGGAUACAAGCAAUAUCACAAGGAAUAACUUUGUGAAUAUGUUCAUGUAUGAUCAGGAGCGCCUUCGUAAUGAAGGGAGUGGCCCAAUGAUCAGUGAUGUGAAGAGCGGGAAUGGCAUUACAGAGGGAGUUCAGAUGAAACCGGGGCCAAGCGGGUAUGCGAAUCGAGGAGUGGAGAAUAAUGCACAUGUUGGAUUUAACCACAACCAGGUUGGUACUUACUCAGGUGGAGACGAGGCAAAAGGGAGCAAGACUGAUUGCUUCCUUAACAAUCAAGGAGUGAAGGUGAACGAUGAAAGUGUUCUGAACAACAAGUACAAAAGGAAUAGUACAUCUGGUUUUAACAGGAUGAGCGGUAUGUCACAUGAUAGAGACAUUAACGGAAAUGAUAAGAAAUUAUAUGGCAAUGUUAGUUAUUCCUCGUAUGGGCGGGAUGGCGAUUCUUCUCCAUUCCCAAAUGGAAUGAAUAUGAAGGGCAAUUAUGAGGCUAGUAAUAAUCUCCUUGGUCGAAUGGGCCAUCGAGCAUCGGAUGACAAGGAGCAGUUCGUGCAAGGCUCUAAGCAGCGGUAUGACGGAAAGCGUACGAUUGGCGAUGAAGGCAACGACAUGGAAGAGCGGGAGCAAAUGCUGCAACAUGGCAAGGAUAAUCGGUUUGGUAAAGAUGUGAACGACACAGGUCGCUCGGUAAAUCAGAUGAUCAGGAAACAAGUAAGUGGUAGGUAUAGAAUGCAGAAGGAUGGUAUUCGGGAAGGAGAGGAUCUGGAUAGGGGAAAUGGGGGUAUAUACAAUGAUGGGGAUUAUGACGGGGAUAAUCUGGGCAGUGGUAUUUAUACCAGCGGUAGUAGGAAGUACCCCGAAAUUCCGAGGGCUCAUAAGACAACCGGGGAGGAGGAAUCCCUCGAUGAAGUGAAAAAGUGUGAUACCUUUAAGAUGUAUAUAAAUAACAUACAGGAGGAGUUUAAGGAGGAAUGCAAGAACAUCGAAUUUUCGAAGAUGUUAAGAGAAUUCACAAGUAGAUUAAUGACAUGGAACAGGAAGAGAGGCGCGAACACGAGGUUCUGGAGGUUCAACGUGAUGCCAACGAAGGAGGAUAUUUUAUCCAUGGACAUUCUCUUUUUCACGCGCAGAAAAUCCAAAAAGCGGUAUGCGCAGAACGACGAGGACAACGACAUGGAGUACGGAAUCAAUUUCGGUGACAAGAAGAAGAAGUUAAGCGCAGAGGAAAUUGAGAGUAGGGAUAGGAGAUUGGAAAAGUAUGGGGAUCUUUCCAAAGGAAGGAAGAACGAACAGUGGGACAAUUCCUUCCACAUUGAUUACAACGGAUCGUACGAAAUGAAUCAUACUGAUUACAACACUUUGGAAAGGUUGCUUGAUAAGUACAACUUUUCUAGCUGUUACAAGAAUAAGAAUUUCGUUGGGUUGUGUAAGAACAUACAAAAAUUUUUUUUCAGAUUGACAUCUCUUCCGGAGAGGAAAAAUGUGAGGAGCUUCUCCGUACUUAAGUGCACAUACGCGUAUGUCCUGCACAAGUACAACCAAGAUAGGAACUACAAGUACAUCAACGAGCAGUUCAGGUCCAUGCGCCAAGACAUGAAUAUACAGAACAUCUUCCACGACGAUGUUAUCAACAUAUACGAGACGAAUAUCAGAAUAUGUAUCGUGAACAACGACCUCUUCCAGUUUCUGCAAUGCAUCAAUAAACUGUUUGAGCUUUACCAGAGGCUGAAUAUAAAGAAGUCUAAGGUGGAAUUUCUCUGUUACAAGCUUAUCUAUUUGACCCUUCAGAACAUGCACCAGGAGUUUCUCGUUGAAUACCUAACGCUCACCGACGAGGAAAAGAACCACGAAAAUGUGCAGCUGUGUUAUUACCUAAAUGAGUGUAUUAAGAACAAAAUGUAUUUAGUUAACAUUAACAUGGUAUCUCCCUUAGAUGACGAAGUCAACCAUUUAUAUAUAUAUAGGAGAGUAUUUAUCAACGAACAUAUUUUGACAUAUCUACCUAAUCUCAUGAGCUUGAACGAAAAUAAAGAUUUGAACGUUAACAUGGAUUUGUUGGUCCAGUUUGUGAAGGACCACAGUGAAAUAAAAAAUUAUGAUGUACCAGAAUGUGUCGAAGGUGGGGGUGUAAAGAAGAACGUUGUUAAGAUGCCCUACCUGACAAACUACCUGAUCGUUUUAUUCCUACCGAAGUACAGGCUGUUGGCACUGAUAAAUAUAUGCAUGACGAGCAUUAAGGUAGGAUUAUCGACCCUGACAAGGCUGCUAAACUUCGAGAACGACGAAACUUGUUUGAGUUUCCUACAAGAGGUAAACACUAUCAUGAAAAAUAACGAAGUGAUAAGUAAGCCCUCUCUGGACAACCUAAUGAAGUCGCCACUCUUGAAGAAUAAGUACAUUAACCAUAUCAGGUGA